UUUUGUUCUGCUCUCAGGUUUAGCAAGGUGCUGUCGCUGCUGUACCUGACCAUCGGGCUGGUGUGGCUUGGCGGCCUGGGCAUCUUUGCAGUCACUGGCGAGUCACUUUACGACGCCUUCUGGCAGGCGAUACAUGGGGUGGGCAUAGACUGGACGUUUGCUGGUGAGGCGGUGGAGUAUGGAGGCUUCCUGGUGCGCGCGACAGCCGUCUUUGUCAGCCUGGGUGGCAUGCUCGUCACUGCGCUCAUGCUCGGCAUUGUUUCAGAUGCGAUUGGGGACAAGAUAGAGGAUCUGAAGAAGGGGAAGAGCGACGUUUUGGAGGCAGCGCACACGCUCAUCCUGGGCUGGAGCGACAAGUCCCUCAACAUGAUCGACCAGCUCUGCCUGGCCAACGAGAGCGCGGGGGGGAAGGCCAUCGUGAUCCUGGCCGAGCGAGACAAGCUCGACAUGGAGCACGACAUCCACCGCCACGUGCGCGACCUGCGCGGCUCCCGCGUCCUCUGCAGGAGCGGCAACCCGCUGAUAGGCCUGGACCUGGAGCGGGUGUCGGUGGACGUGGCGCGCGCGAUCGUUGUGCUGGCGACGGCCGAGACGCCGGAGCGCUCCGACGCGCGCGUUCUGCGAAUUGUCCUCUCCCUCAUGGGCGCAGUGUUCCUACUGCAGGGGCACAUAGUGGCGGAGGUGUGUGACCUGGACAACGAGCCGCUGGUGAAGAUGGUGGGGACGCAGCACGUGCAGACCGUGGUCUCACACGACAUCAUCGGCCGCCUCAUGAUCCAAUGCGCGCGCCAGCACGGCCUCGCAUCAGUCUGGCAGCAGAUCAUGGGCUUCCAGGGUGACGAGUUCUACAUGAAGGAGUGGCCGCAGCUGACGGGGCGCAGCUUCAUGGAGGUGCUGGUCAGCUUCCCGGAAGCUGUCCCCUUUGGCAUCCGCAACGCCAGCGGACUGCUCAUCAACCCCGAAGACAACUACAUCAUGCAGCCCGGUGACCACGUGAUAGUGAUAGCGCAGGACGAUGACUCGUACGCGCCGCUGAAGGAGCCGGCCGCGGCGCCGCAGCCAGGGGACGCAUGCCCGCCGGGCGUCAGCCGCCGUGCGCCGGAGCGCGUCCUGUUCUGCGGCUGGCGCCGCGACAUGCACGACAUGAUCGCCGUGCUCGACGCCUUUGUGUACCCUGGCAGCGAGCUCUGGCUCUACAACGAGGUGCCAGUCCAGGAGCGGGAGAGGAUUCUUAAGAAGGAAGGGCUGGACCCAACCCGCCUGCAGAACCUCACGCUCAUCUACAAAGUCGAGGGGGAGCUGGUGAGCCGCAAGCGAUUAGAGGAGCUAGCCCCCGAGCAGUUCAGCAGCAUUCUGAUCCUGGCGGACGAGAUGGCGACGUUCGGGGCCGGCAGCAGCAGCGAUGGCGCGGCGGACAGCGACAGCCGCAACCUGGCCACUCUGCUGCUGCUGCGCGACCUGCAGACCAAACGCAUGGGGCCCCAGCCUCUGCAGCGCAAGUCCCGCUCCUCCGAGAUGCGCAUCAGGCCCAACGGGAAGCAGGCGAUGUGGUACGAUACCAUGGCCACAGCAGUCAAACAGACCAUCAUCAUCUCAGAAAUCCUGGACACCCGCACCCGCCAUCUCAUCCAGGCACGCCCUCGGAGACAUGCCUCAUGCCUCGUGAGCGAGUUUGUGCUGAGUAACGAGCUGGUGAGUAUGGCGCUGGCAAUGGUGGCAGAGAACCCGGACGUCAAUGACAUCCUGUCAGAGCUCUUCACGCCCGACGGCAACGAGCUAUACGUGCACACGGCCUCCCGCUACUUGAGAGAGGGAGAGGUGAAGAGCUUCUUCGAGGUGAUGGUGCGAGCGAGGGAGAAAGAGGAAAUUGUGGUGGGGUUAAAAAGGAAGGGGCAAAAGGUGCCCGAGUUGAAUCCCAAGGGCAAG